UUAUUUGGCAUCCAUUUUCUUGUCUCUUUUAUCACUCAAUAUUUUAUAGUCAAUAGUAUAUAUUGUCUGUUUGUGUCUUUUCUUCCAUUUAAUUUUUUGUAGAAAAAUCCUGUUAACUAAUCUAUCUUCACUCUCAUUUUAUCCUCUUUCUCCAUUUUCUUUGGAUCAUGGACUCGGGGAAUUCUCAAAAGAUGCUUGACAAGUGCAUCUAUGAUUACUUUGUUAAGAAGGGGAUGCGUGAGUCUGCCAAGGAAUUCGCGAGUGAAGUUGAUGUUGAAAAUCCCACAGAUGAUGCUACAAAAUCUCCAGGGUCAUUUCUCACGGACUGGUGGAAUGUGUUCUAUGAUAUGCUCAUCUCUAAUCAGUCCGCCCAAGAUCCUUAUGCUGAGGCUGCACGUACUAUGGACAAUGUGGUACCUCAAGUCCCUUAUGCUGUGCCAACAUCUUCUUCUCAUUCUGUUACACCAGCACAUAAUAUAUCUCUUGUGGUGCCGGCAUUUAGUCCUGAGAGAUCACAAGAGCCAUGCCAUCUGAGGAUGCCUGAGGACGAAGUGACACCUAAGUUAAGAUUUCUUGACGUGGAUCGUCCGAGUCAGGGGGCGGCGUUUGUAACUGAUUCUAGCCGCCUGAUGGAGCAGAUUCCAAAUAUGCCUCAACAGUGGGAGGCCAAAGAUGAGGGAGAGGGACAAGGCAUUUACUUUGACCAAACUAUGCAGAUGGAACCAAAUGGCGAUACCCCUAAAAAUUUUGUGCUUCCGGUGCCAGAUCCUUGUGAAGCAGGCUCUUCCACCGGCUCCUGCUCUGGAAUGCAGCAAACUCCCUAAUCAAAUCAAGAUCUCUUGAUUUCCUGAUCUUUCUCUUGGCAUGGAAUUAAGAAGAUUGGGAAAGAUGCUGACUUGCAGAAAGCUACAAUAGAUGAUACUGAAAAGAAAAAGAAAAGGAAAGCUACAUAUCUCAAAGAGAUGAUAUCUAAUAAGUGCAAGCAAUUUGUAUGGUGCUUUGAAGCAUAGAUGAUAUCUAAUAAGGAGUAUGCUUAUUGAGGAAUUAGAGCUUGUAGAUCUGUUAGGUUCUCUGUAAUGUUGGUUGAUAUUGGGCAUGUGUUGGCUGAUGGCACUAUGGCACUAUGUGACUCAACUUAUUCAUGUCAAAGGGUUGUUGAUUUGAUGUCAUUUCAGCCUCAGAGAUGGAUAAGACGAGUCACAUGAGCAUCCACAACAUGAUGUAGAUAACAUGUAUCAAGAACUUACCUUUUUGGAAAAAUAGCGGAAUCUACAUGAGUAGGAUCAAACCUUAUGCCUUUUAUUUAUAUGAGGUACCCCUUUAAAGAACUCCCCAAGAGGGCUUAAGGUCGUUGGAUUUGAAGCAGCAGACCUGCAACACUUGGUCCUUCCUUCUUUUUAGUUCAAAGAAUGGAGAAGCAAAUUGGAAUUUUGAUAAUUUUAUUGACAGAGUGAUAAGAUGCCAAUUGUAUAGGGUUCCAAACCUAUUGACUAAUAAGAGGAAAGGGGCAAGCCAAUAUUGACUCCUAGAAAAGUAUAAAUCAUUGGACAACAAGGAGCCAUCAUAUAUUGACGCUGCACAUCACACAAUCAACUCAACUCAACUCUUACGCUAAUAGAAGUUUCUUACUUUCCUAUUAGCGAAAGAAAAUAACUGGAAAAUAAAUGAUUGAGCAUCAACUUAGUGAUACUUGCAACAAAAUUCAAGAGGAACAAAUGGUGAAGCAGUUUGAAAAGAGAAAUCUGCAAAAAAUCAGACCCCUGUGUUGGAAGCUCGGAGCAGCUGAAGCAUCUGUCUUAAAAUAAGGUAAGUCCAAGUUCAGACAAGCUAUAGCGAGUAAAUUAUUCUAAUUGAACAUUUUUAGUUUGAUUUUCUUUCAUGCACUAUAAAGAUUGAAAGUCAAUGAACUUUUUCUCAACUCCUUUGGCUACCAUUUUCCUGAUGCAUGUCGUUCGUAUAAGAGUGACACAAAUAGAGACUUCAUUAGGUUCUCUUGUAACUGUGCUGUCUGGGAGCUCUUCUGCUUUCUUGAAGUUGCUUUUUGUAUAGGUGAUAUCAACCAGUUACGAUUAAGGAUUAGUUUUUUUUGUUACACUUACAUCGGUUUGGUGUUUGUCAAUAUUUUUGUAAGUUUGAUAAAAUGGACAUUCCAGUUGUUCUUUGUAUGGAUUUGGUAAACAAUGCUAUAUAAUUUUCUUAAAGAUCACAAUAUAACUUGAAGCUCAAA